AUGGGCUAUCUCUCUGGUUCCUCUCCGCACAUUAAGAGUGGAGCAGUGUCUGCACUCUCUCUAAUGGUAUAUAAUGAUCUGAAUGUCUGUUUUUUGAUACCUGAUCUGGUCCCAUCAGUUCUACAAUUGCUGCAGAGUAAAGCUGUGGAGGUCAUAAAAGCUGUUUUAGGCUUUGUGAAAGUAUUGGUGUCGGGACUUCAAGUAAAAGAUCUGCAAAACUUUCUCUCCGGUAUUAUUAAUGGAGUUCUUCCAUGGUCAUCUACUUCACGGCAUCAUUUCAGAUCAAAAGUCACGGUCAUACUAGAGAUUGUGAUGCGGAAGUCUGGUUCUGCGGUAGUUAAGUUACUUACACCUGAUAAAUAUAGAAAUUUUGUGAAGAUCGUUAUGGAGAAUCGUCAUGGUAAGGCAAACUCGAGAGAAGAUGGCACUACUGAAGCAGAAUCGAAAUCUUCAGAUUUCUCUUCGAUGGGGCGGCAGAAGAGGAAACGCGAGGAAUCAGGAAGUUUACCUAAUAAGGAUAACACCCAAAUGGAAUUCAGAGAUAGGAAGAGGGGGAAGAAACAGCAAGGCGCUGCCUCCGGUACGAAUGAGCCUCACAUAUCUUCUGGUUCUUUUAACCGUAUGAAAAGGCUGAGAAAGCCUGGAUAUCCUGAUCAUGGUAAACCGAAAGAGGGUCAGCUACAAGGGGGUAAAAAGAACAGAGGGAUAAAUUUUAACAAGGAUCACUCGAGCAAUGGAAAUAGAAAGAUUGACCGGACAAAAACGAGCAAGAAAAAUGUUAGCAGACCUACUGUUGGCUCCAAACAAUCCAAGCAGAGAACAGUGGAGAGGAAACAGCAGGAAAUUAGUAAUAAGAAGUGA